AUGGAUACCUCCUCGGUCCCUCUGCUCAACUAUGGCCUGCAGUACCAGUGGUGCUCCGACUCAGACCUCUCCAGCAUCUCCUCGCCAGAAACCCUCUCCCCCGUCCACUCUAUGGACUCCAGCCUGUCUCCGUCCUACCAGCAGCCUCCACAGUCCACCCCUAAGGCAGCUAAAAGCGGAUAUUCCCAGAGCCUCAAAUCCUCGCCCUGCUCCCUGUCUGGACGUGGCCGGAAGUCGGGCCGAGCCACCAGGAUCCGCAGCAAACAGCGUGAGAGCGCCAGCGAGAAGGAGAAGCUGAGGAUGAGGGAUCUGACCAAGGCUUUGCAUCACCUCAGGUCCUAUCUUCCACCCUCGGUGGCCCCCGCUGGACAGACUCUGACCAAGAUCGAGACUCUCCGCCUCACUAUCCGCUACAUCUCCUACCUGUCGGCCCAGCUGGGCCUCAGCGAGGAGGUGCUGUUUCAGCGAAGGGAACAAGGAGACACCUCAGCCAGCGACACUUCAUCACCUGACAUCCUCAGCUACUUCCAGCAGGGCUCCAUGGGAGGUCAGGAGGCCCAGCUCCAGAACCAGAACCGGAACCAUGGCCUGUACCCAGCCCAGUGUCACAGCCAGAACACGAUGCUGCACUCUGGGAGCUGUAGUUUUGGAGUGGAUCAGUACAAUAAGCCGUACAGUGAAGCUCCUCAGGGAGAUAGCAGCAUGGAUACCAUCCUGCAGUCCCCUCCAACAACACAGCCCUCCUGUCAGGUCACACCUUGUCCUGGAGCUGGCCUCUUUCCCAUGGGACCCCCUGGCCUAGGUGUCAGCCCUGCUCCAAGAGCUUCUCAGGACCAGAGGUGGCUACCGGAGGUGCAACCUCACACCUCCCACCACAUAUAUGGAGCAGCCUCCCUGUUCCUCCUCACUAUCCUCUGA